AUGGCAGAGCCUGCCGGGGAGGAGCCCAUCCCAGCUCCCCCCGAGAAGUUGGAAGUGGAUUUUGCCUAUGGAUACUCUGGAAGGUCAGACCUCAACGGAUGGAUGGACGGAUGGAUGGAUGGAUCUCGCCUGGUCUGCUGGGUGUCUGUCUGUGGCGCUUGUCCGUCAGCGUUCGCAACAAUCUGUAUACGGUUUCGAGCAGAGAGGUCCUCUACUGCAUCAACGGAGUAGCUGUCGGUCAGCUGCCGGCAUGACAAUCUGAGAAGGACUGGCUCACGUGGGAUAUUUCUUUUCUGUGUUCUGUUUUGCAGUGCUGGACAUCGAGUCCAACAGCCAGCGGUGUUUCAACGUCCACACGGGCCGCAUCACGUGCAUCGACUACAAUGCAGCCACCGGAUACGUCGCCACGGGUACGCACGUGCAUCUUCACACACCGACGCACAUUCCUUCUCCCCGGUUGUUGUGUGUCAACAGGUCAAGAUGCGCCGCUCCCCCCGCUGCCCCCCGGUGUGGCGCACCAGUCGUUCAUAUCCCUCUGGCGGGUCGGCGGAUGCGGCGAGGCGGCGCGGCUCUUCGUCGAGGACCCCGUCGUAGAGGCAUGCUGCUUCGCACACGACGCAUCCACUCUCUAUGCCGUCGUGACACCUGACGUAUCGACACCAGCAGACAACAGAGUCGGGGUCCUCUAUGCCUGGUACGGUGGGUGGGGGUGCGCCAAACGAGGCUCAGUGACAUGUCCCUCGUCAUUCCUCUCUUGUUCUUUCUCUCAUGUAGGGAGUUGGAGGGGCUGGACCGCGGCGAUCCGCCCCGGUCGGUGCUGUCUGCGGUGGUGUCGGAUCGUCCCGUGCUGGGCAUCACAGCCCACCCCACCGACGCAUCGCAGGUGGUCGUGUACGGCCACCAGCUGCUGAAGGCCAUGCUGUGGAACCGUGACGACGAGGGCGAGCAGCUGGAUCAGACCAACGCAUCAUGGGGUGGCAUGGACCUGUCCAAGCGGGUGGCGGGAGCGGGGGACGGCAAGGGGCCACCCAUAGUGACGGAGGCCAAAGCGGGAGAGAGGGGAGGGAUCCCGCCCAAUGUAAGCAGAGAGAUCAGGAGAUGGAGAGAAACCAGCCACUGCCUCUCCUCUGUCUUGUGCGCCUGUGUGUCAGAUCAUCACGUGUUGUCGAUUCUUGUAUGACGAGGAGGUCCGCUCCGCCCUCCAGGGCCGCCCGUCCAAGAAACAGAAGACCACCACCGCAGCUGCGGAGCAGCCAGCACCAGCAGCGGCAGCAGCAGCUGCUGCGGCGGCCAGUGGGAGUUCGGGUGCCGAUGAGGGCAAGGGCAGUACUAGAGUUUCAAGCACGGUUGCUGCGGCCACGUCAGAGGGGACGGUGGUCAUUCUGAGGGACAUGAUAGCCAUGUGUGUCAUCGAACUGCCCACCAGAGGUACCCACACACCGAACGAACGAACGAGACACGACAAAGAGAGAGCAAGAGAGAGAGGGUCAUGUACCAAUGUCUGUGUCAUGGAUGUGAUGUGUGUGUAGGGCUUGCGUUGUCGUUUGUGCUGCCCGAUGACGAGGGCGGCUACGUGUGCGGAGGAGACGACGGCAAGAUCUACUUCCUAGACCCAGACCACAACACAGCUGCCGAACCUGUAAGACCACAAAACAUCACGCCUAAUUUGUGUCUAUACUUGUGUCUCUUGCUUGCUUGUCCCGGACUGCAGAUUGAGUGUACCCUUGACGGCGAGGGGGUGCAGAUCCGCACGUGCAUAUUCCCAUCCAGACCAUCCAUCGUCAUCGGUACAAUCAAAACACAACACACACACCUCGGCGCAAGGCGACACAUACAGAUCCGUUUUUCGGUUGUUGCAGGCACGGUGUCAGGCGAUCUGUGUGUCGUGCACCCAUCCUCCAGUAGCGAUUUGGCCCUCCCCGGCCCCGCCAGCCACGAGCCAUCCGACACGGGCCGUCUGCUGCGGCUGGUGCCGUCACCCGGCCCCGUGUGUGCCAUCGCCGCCCACCCAUAUCGGAACUCUGAGAUCGCUGUGGGCGCACAGAGCAUCGUCAAGUGAGUGACCAACAGAAAAGAGACCAUUCACAACCAUGUGUCGUGGCGUUCAUGCAUGUCCCGUCUGCCGUUUUGGUGCAGGUUCAUCGACGUCGAGCACCAUGCAGAGCUCCCCCGCCGCCCCUACCGUGUCAGCCUCGCCUCGGGCGCAUCCAACUCAUCUCUCGGAUCGGCCACCGGCACACGCACGGGGCCCCCAGCAGCCGCGGCCGCCAGCAGCAGCGGAGAUGGCGGUGGUCCUCCAGUAGUGGUGACGUGCCUAGCGUAUCAUCUGACGGGUGUGCUGCUGGCCAUCGGCACCAGCAAGGGCGGGCUGCACUUCGUGGCCACGCCCGACUGUGGGUUCGGAACACCUAUCCAAGACUGCAACAGGCAAGACAUGGCACACAAACCAUCUCCCAUAUCCUUGCACCGGUCCAUUGAUCCAUACGCUGUGUCCGUCCGUCCAUGUUGCAGAUUGUGUCGUGAGAGGGUGGGAUCCUGGUCGAUCGGAGACAUGGGUUUCACCCCGUCGGGGGAGUUCAUCGCCGCCACGUCCGCCUCAUCACCCGAGGCGGCCAUCUACCACGUCGUCGUGCAACUCAGAGGCGACAUGCCCUACCUGAGGGUAAGAGCGAGAUUGAGACAAAGAGGAAGGAGCCCAUUCACGAUUUGUGAUGUCUUGUGGGGGGUCACGUGUACAGGUUGAGAAGCGUUGCAGUCUGCAGGGCGGCCCGUCGCCCUUCCACGAGCUGCAGUUCUCCGAGGACUCGUCCCUACUCAUGAUCACCGACAAAUCCAAAAACGUACCUCAGGAUAUCACACUGCGUCGCGCAAAUAAGUAUUCCACUCGCUCCUUGUCUUUGGUGUGUGGGUGCUGCAUUCAUCAAUCAGAUAAUGUGGUGGCGUGUACCCGAGGGCGCCCGGCUGGACACGAUGCAGGGGGAUGAUUUGGGGGUCAUCCAGUCGGCCAUCUGGUUCUCCGACUCCCACACAUGGAAACCCAUCACUGGAUUCCUCGGUGGGCAUCCUCCCUCGCACCCAUUCAUUCAUGUCUGUCUCCUCCCACCCUCCUUGCUGCUGACCAUUUGUGUGUGUUCUUACUUUGUGUGUCAGUUGGCGGCAUCAUGGCUGAGAGCAGCGGUGGUCAGUAUUUGGGGAUGGCCAGCAGUGCCAUCGUCAGCUGCGAGUCGGCCAGACGACACCAGCUACUCGCCGCGGGAACCACAUGUGGCAGGUCAGUGAGCGAGGGAAGGAGAGGAGAGGAGAGGAGAGGAAGGAGGGAGGGAGGGAAGGUCAAACACGAGCCGGCUGCAAGGGAUGUGUUCGUUCGUUGUGGUUGCAGAGUGCGUUUGUUUCAUUUCCCCUGUCCUGCCAUGGCGGACUGCCACGAGCACUGGGGGCACGCUGCAGCCAUAUCAUCUGUCAAGUAAGGACAACACACGAGAACACCAGACACGGGUGUGCUGCAUGUUGAUUGACACGUGCGUCAGGUGGACACAGGAUGACACACUCAUCACCAGUGGCGGCAAGGACAACUGCAUCAUACAAGUCGGUGCACACACAAAGACAGACACCCGUACACACGACACAUGCCACCUCUCCUCUCUCUCUGCAGUGGCGCAUCAUCGACCCCGAAGCCGCCCGCCCGGCUCCCCCGGCCAUCGAAGAGCCCAGCACAGCAGCGGCAGCAGCAGCAGCAGCAGCCCAGCGGUCCCCGCUCGCCCCCUCCAGCAACCAGGCAGAGGCCGAGUACGAGGAAGCCCUCACUGUUGACGACGACGAUCUGGAGGUGCUCAGACUUCGAAUGAACGGUGCAGGGGCCAAGCCGGGCGUGCGACCACCACCCGGGCCCGGCCACGGCCCCCCAUUCAGGGGCCCGCCGAUGAUGAUGCCACACAUGCGACCGAUCUACCCACCACCCGGCAUGCAGCCCCCGCAGAUGGAGGAGGGCGGCGUGUACGGCGCGCAGAGGGCCCGAGGAAAGAGAUCUGCGAGCCCCUUCAUCUCCUGCUGUGCACCAACGACAGGACGACAGCCCACGCCCAUCGUAUCGAGGAAGGCAGGUGCGCCCCAGCAGACGGGCAGCCGCGGCCCCCGCCCACCUGGCUUCACGGGCCCCGGUGUUCCUGGCUUCGUCUACGGGCGUGUGGAGACAGUGGACUCUGACAGCACCGACAGCCGCAUUUCGUUCCCUCUUCCGCAGCCAUCACCCUACGCGUCGUUCCGCCCUCCCCCCGGCUCGCCGGCUCCAUUCCAGCUGCACCACUUCGCCAAGCGGCCGCCGCCCCCCUCGCCAUUCAUCCGGCCCCACGCACCACCUGUCGGCGGCCCGCAGGCUCAUGUUGGGCCGCGGAUGAGCGACGGGGGUGUCAUGCGGCCCCCAAUGCCUCCGUUGGGGUGGACCAUGAGCCAUGGCGGUCGCCCGAUGCUUCCCAUGCCCCAGAGGGAGGAGGGCCCGACACAGCAGCAGCAGCAGCAGCAGCAGCAAGAGACGAGAGAGGGCGAGAUGGAGCAGAAGCAGAGGCCACAGACGGAGAGAAAGGGGCGUUCGGCAACCGAUGAUGAAUCUCGGGAGGUGGCGGCGUUGGUAACGUCUCGCUACCCCGCCCAUCGCCCACUGCCCAUCCUGCCGUCGAAUGGUCCCCCCGGCCACCCACCGGUGGUCGGCCUGCCGCAGACACUCACACAUCGCCCCCCUGGCCCUCCGCCACCCUUCACGCCGCCAUACAUCCGCCCUCUGCCCUCUCGCCCACCGCCGGGGCCGCCCAUGGGCCCGCCGAUCCGCAUAGCGCCCCCAGCAGACUUCGAGAAAGAGGACAUGGGCCGAGUGGAGAGGCCCCAGCAGCAGAUCGGCCUGUGGAACGACAGACUCCCGCCAUCCUCACCGCCCAUCGUGUCUCCUCCGCGCGUGCCGCUGACGCCCACUCUCCGGCCAGCAGGAGUGGUCACGCCGCCCCAUCUGCGGGUGGCAUACCGAUACCACACCAAGCCCCCGGAGUCAGGCCGAGGCAAGACGCUGCUGACCCUCGUCCACCCUCCGAAGCCAUACAAGAAGACGGGCGAGCCACCAUCGCCCCCUGACACACCGAUUCCCCCCAUGGUGCUCGAGUCCCUGCGUCGAUCCGGCGACGCUGCUGCCGAUGGGGCGCGUCUCGGCUGGCUGACGGUGCCGGCUGUGCUGGGUGGAGGGCGUGGAGAUGAGAGAGAGGGGUCGGUGCAGUGCGUGGGUGUUCCCUCGCCUCCGCCGAAUUUGGCCGGUCGGGUGCUGCAGCCCCCCCCAGGGCCGAAGGCUUCCUACGUCACACCCAAGUUUGGCUCCCCUGGCAACCAGAGCGCGCAGGUGUCGCCGCCCAGUGCUAUGCCAGAACCCGAUAGGUAAAACGACCCUGAUUGCACAAGAGAGAUGGGUGGCAGUGCCGUUCUCUGUGUUUGUCCGCUUCUCGCUGUACGUGGGUGUCUGUGUGUGCAGAGUUGAGGCUCCUGCUGGUGCAGCGGAGCCUGUUGUGAAACUUGGCGAUGUGUCGCAGCGCCUGACUGGUACGAGCCAGCAGGUCCCCAGCUCAGCGCCAUCACCGCCCUUCCCGCCAGUCCAUGGCGGUCCGCCACCACCCCCCCUGCCGCAUCGGCCCUUAUUGGCUCCGCCUCCCCUCUAUAGACCACGAUUCGCAUCACCCAUUCACCCACCUAUGAUGCCACCGAUCAUCCCUCAGCAGCAGGACUUCCUCCCCAUGCCGCCCCCGGUGCACAUGGCGCCACCAUACCUGGGGCAUCCGAUCAACCUCACAUUGACACAUCCGCCGGUCGGCUAGGCAGUGUGGGGUGGGUGGACAGACGGAUCUUAGUGAAUGCAUGAUACGUUUGAUGUUUGUGAAUGUCAGGUGGAGGGAGUUGGGAGACGGGUGCAGCCUCCGAUGGUCAUGAUGCCCGUGCCGAUGCACCGUCCGGUGCUGCCGCCGCCGGCGGGAGGUGUGGCGCCGCCGAUUUUCGGCGGGGGAGGAGUGGGAAUGAGAACGGCUGCGGGUGUGGGUGUGCGGGGAGGGGCUCAGCAGUCGCGUGGCGGGGGUAUGAGUAAGUGUUGCGAUGUGCCAAGAGGGCCGAGGUAUGUAGACGGGUGCGGACUGUAGCCAAGCUACCUACCUACCUGCCGAUGUAUGUGUGAGGGGGGGAGA